UUGCACACUCGUUAUUGAGUAAAGUGCAGUAAAGUAUAGGCAAUCUUGCACAAGACUCUUCUGAACCAGUUUUCUGGGUGGAGCAGACCAUAAUAAAGCGCUUCCUCGUCGACUUCGAGGGAAACAGUCUGAAAUGGCGGCGGACUGGAAAAAGAAGUGUGAUUCGCAGUGGCAGCUGGGGGCUCACGGUGUCCCCAUGCCUGACAGCGUGGACUGGAAAUCGGUGUACGAAAAGAAGCCGUUUGGGCGCAACUUACUGAAGAACCCCUCUCCUUACGGUAUAAACCACUCCGUGCCACCACCUGAACCCCAUCGAUCGGAAAUACCACCCCCUCCAGACCAGCCACCUCAGUUUGAGCCCAAUGGUAAUUUCUCUGGCUGGAAAACUAGUACAGAAGUUUUGCCAUAUGACACUAGUGGAAUUCCCCCCGGGGUUGUGGUCUGCCAUCUGCCUCAGCACAGGUGGUUUUCUCUGGAGCAGCAUGUGGACCUGAAGGCAGAGGGUCUGUGGGACCAACUGCUGGACAAGUUUCAGCCUAAGAUAGUCAUUGAGGACUGGUAUGAGGAAAGCCAGCUUGAUAAAUCUAUCUAUCAGCUCGACGUCAAGCUCUUGGGUGCCGAUGCUAAGACGGUCAUUAAGCAGCAUGCAUAUAACCCUGAAGAGAACCUGGAGAACUACUCACACACUUGGAAAAAGGUCUCCCAUGUAUUCUCCAAUUAUGGACCAGGGGUGAGGUACAUUCACUUCCUCCACAGGCUGAAGAACCAGUUCAUGGUUGAAUUCUUUGAUACCAAAGUCACAGACAGCUCGAUUAUUAUCAAGACCAGCAAAUAAACUGGUAGGAUGCAUAGUUGAUGUAGACUUUGAUAUUUAGAACAAAGCACUAUCGACUCAAAUGCUAUAUAAAUUGACUGCACUUUUAUAAGAUGUAUCUAGCAGCAUAAUGAUGUAAUAAAACAUUCCUCAUUCA